UUCAUUAGUUAACCAGUUCAAGGAACAAUAACAAAAUGCAUGUGUUUUCAACUAGGUAACCUAUUCCACAUUGAUUUCGGUCACAUACUUGGAAACUACAAGAGUUUCAUGGGGAUCAGCAAGGAGCGAGUUCCUUUUGUGCUGACUCCUGAUUUUCUCUAUGUGAUGAGCACAACGGGCAAAAAAAGCAGCACUCAUUUCCUCCAGUUUCAGAGCAUUUGCCUGAAGGCCUACCUGGCUCUGAGACACCACACCAACCUGCUGAUCAUCCUGUUCUCCAUGAUGCUGAUGACCGGCAUGCCUCAGCUGACCAGCAAGGAGGACAUCGAGUACAUACGGGAAGCUCUGACGGUCGGACGCUCGGAGGACGAGGCCAAACAACACUUCUUGGACCAAAUCGAGAUCUGCCGGGACAAGGGUUGGACGGUGCAGUUCAACUGGUUCCUACACUUGGUGCUAGGCAUUAAACAGGGUGUGGAGAAACGAUCAGCUUGAAGUCAAACAUUACAUUUCCUCAAUGGAGUACAUUAGUGUUUUCAUUUUAAAAAAGUGACACUUUUUCAAGUGUAUUUUGCUGUAUUUUUAGAAUUUAACCAAAAAGCUUUUUAUAGACCUAAAUUAUAUUAUUUAAUGCAUGUACAUCAUGCAUUGUGUUGUUUUUAAUACUUGCACUCUUGUUAUCUUGCACUGUAAUAAAAUACAUUUUUACAUUUUUUAAGAAUUGGGUCAUUUUAAAUGCCCAUAAUAACGCUACAAAUAGAAAAAGUCAGGAGAAGAGCUGGUAUUCGGUUAGUUUUGCAUAGAUUAUCUGCGUACGUUUCAAAAUGGAGCACCAAGUAAUUUUAUUUCUGUCUCUGAUAUGACUUGGACCUAUUAGCAUGGAUGCUGCAUCAUGCAAAAGAUUUUAUUUGCAGAUGUCAUGGAUGAAAUGCCCUGUUUAUGCACUAUGCAUUUAUUUGUCACCCUUUAUUAAUUUAUUCUGUAAUUGCAAGUGUCUAAUAAUGAUAAUAAGGUGAGUUUCUAAGAUAAAAGGCAUAGUAUGUAUCUGGUCAUGCGAUGUAAACACGGGGAAAACCGGGUUGUACAAUGAAACCCCCUUUUCUAGAAUUUUUUUUUUUUUUAAGAAAUAUUAAAAAUGAAUGGAAACGAUAUUGGUUACAAUAAUUAUUAACUGUAAUCUUUAGUUUUAUAUUUAAUCAGGUAGAGCAAUUAUUUUAUACAUAGAUUACCAAUGUCCCACGUCAACAUGAAAU